UCGGGGGCUCCCUGCUUUGCCCAGCAUAUCGACCACAAACUGGUGCGGGCACUGGAGUUCCUGGAAUUGGUCUCUAUCCACCUGCUCCUGUUUCCCUGGAGGAAGGAAAUCAGGUCCCUGAAGGGGAUCUUGCCAACCCAGGGAUUGAACCUUGAGUCUCUGAUGUCUCCUGCAUUGGCAGGCAGGUUCCUUACCACUAGCGCCACCUAGAAACUGCUCUGUGGUCACCAGCUAAUACACAGCCCAGACAGGACUCAGACUCAGACAGUGCCACUCCAAACCACCAGGCUCUCCUGCUUUUCUAAAGAACAGGCAACAAGGAGGCCACAGGAAACAAGGCAAAGACCUGGGCUGUGGAAAGCCACUGCAAAGCUUUCGUCGCUUCUGGCUCCAGGCCAGGGCACCGGCUGGCUCCUUCUUCUGCUGAGUGACUUGAGGCAAAAGUCCUGCCUCUGGGCCUCAGUGUGUCCUUCUGUAAAAUGGGACCAGGGCGACAUGCCUGUGGGCCAGGUUUCCUUACGGGCCCAUGCCCUGGCCCUCCUGCUUCUCAGGAGCCUCCGUUCCAGUCUUUGGUCCUUCCCCUCACAGCCACUCUGCUCUUGCGUGUGCCACCCUAACGAGCACCCCUGUUUGUUCCAGACAUACACGGGGAGCUUUGCCUACUGGGUGCGGCCUGUGCUUUCAGAACACACCCUGCACACCCUUUUGGGCCGGCUAGGCUAUAUGGCCACCUCCGAGGUCGAGUUUUCCCUGGUCCAGGCUAUCAGCGAGGAGGACACCAAACAGAUGGUGUUUGAGAUCUUCCUGACAAGAGUCGCAUGUGAGGCCGUUCUCAGGACCCCGGGCAGGCAGCUCCUCGGGCCAGGCAGAGAGAGAGUGGCGGGGCCCCACCAUAGACCUGGCUCAGAGACGGGGCUGCAGGAGGCCCUGUGGGAGGCCCAGCCUGGCCUGGAUCCCUCAGCAGGGGUGGGAGCCAAGAGCGCCCUGGCCGAACACCCUGAUGCUCGCUGCUCUCUGCCUGUGGCCUUGAACCUGCCUGAGGUCUCAACAACCCCCCAUGGACUCCUGACUGGCCCCCUGGUCCCCUUGGGCUCCCUGCACCAUGCCAGCACAUGCUCUGACAGUGAGGAGUUCCUGACCUGCUACAGCGACCUCACACUGCACCGGACACCCUUGCUCCCCUGGGACCAGCCCUGGAGCAGCCUGGAAGGGAAGCAACUCCAGGGCCCAGGCCCUGGGCCCAGCCCAGCGCCGGGGGAGGUGGCCGCCACAUCGGGUAGCAGUGGUGAGCAGCCCUGGGUCCCCGACGGGGCUUCUGAGUGUAAAGGGGCCACCGUCCCCAGCCAGCUCCGGCAGAGGCCCAGGUCCUGUCUGUCAGAGAAUUCCUUGGCCCCAAAGCCAGAUGCUCUGCCAGAUCCAGCUGCCCUUGGCAUGGACACUGAGCCUCCAAGCACUUCCUCGGAGAUGGAAGAGCUCUGUGAGCACUUCACCCACCUCCUCAGAACCUCAACUCCAGCGGGCUAUCUGAGGGACACCCCUGGUCCCAGGGUUGAGGAGGAGGGACAAUCAGAGCCUCUCGUGGGGCCAGAGCCAGCCAGCAAAGGCAGCAGCCCGGACGGUAAAGUUGCUCUGCUCUGGAGGUCUCCACAGGCCUCCACUUCAUGUAAAAGAGCCCCCAGUGCUUACUACGUCCCCCUUAAGGGGCUGGAGGAGCCAGUUCCCACACGGAGAUCCUACACGAGCCACAGCUGAGCAUGUCACUCCGACUUGAAGAAAUGAUGGGUCUGGAACCACAGUGGGGACAUCAGCCACGGGGACAUGUCAGCCUGCUCAUCCCAGCUGGCCUCAGGUACUAGCCCUGCCACCUACAGACUGUAUGACUCUGGGCCACUCCCCACACCUCUCUGAGCCAUGCUUCCCUGUCUGCAAAGUGGAGGUGAUGUCAGAUCUGCCUCACAGGUAGCUGAGACGGGUUAGGAGGUGUCUGCACACUGCCGACCUCAGAAGUGGGGGCGCUUCCUGUGCCCUUCACAUCCCAGCUCAGCGUGUGACCUUGGGAGCACCAUCACCCUUCAUCUCUGACCAGCAGCCUCCCUUGGCAUCCUUGAGGCACCUGUCACAGGGCAGAUUAUACGACAGCUGUGUAGACAAGCAGACAUGUAAACCACCCUCCAUCUGUUCAGGGUCGUCUGUCAGCCACCCUCUUCUCUCAGCUAACUUCUGGUUGACAGAGAGCAAGGCCAUUGUUGGGAGCCCAGGAUGAGCUCACAGGCCUGCUCUGCAUCCAGGGUUGGGGACUCCAUCACCCAGGCUGUGUGGAGUGGGGGUGCCCCUCCACCAGCCUUUCCUGCCCCCACAUAUGCAUGCAUACAUGCACACAAGUGGGUGCAUCCAGGCACAUGUACACACAUGUACACGGGCAUUCCUCACAGUGGCCCAAGAGACAGUGGUCUCCCUCUCCAGCCGAGAGCCUCUCUAUGGAGGGGCAGGUGGCACCUGCCCAGGACCUGCCCCUCGGCUUUGCUUCUGCCCAGUGGGGAGGACGACAUAAGGUAAUUUUAGACUUAGAAAAAAGUUGCAAACUAGCACAAAGAAUUUCCUUCUCUCCCUCACCUGGCUCCCCCUGAAACUGUCAUUGUACAUAACCACAGUAUGAGCCUCAAGAACAGGAAAUUGAUGUUGAUACAAUUAUUAUCAAACUAUGUUGUUGUUUA